AUGACAUUCGAUCUGCUACGCAAGCACGGUGUCUAUCUGAACGACAAGAAACCACAGUUGUGUAAGACAUCCGUCGUCUAUGGCGGUCACAUACUCUCUGGCGAGGGCAUCAAGAAGUUGCACAGCAACGUCCAGGCUAUCAUGGAGAUGCCCAUCCCGUCCACAGUCAGAGAACUCAGAGCAUUCCUUGGCGCAUGUCAACACUACGCCAAGUUCCUCGAUGGAUGCAAGGAUGCGUUCGCGCGUCUCACGAGUCUAGUCUCCAACAAGUUCACCAGACUCAAGCUGUCCGAGGAGCAUCGGAAAGACUUCCAAACCAUCCGCACUGCGUUGUGCAGCGACACAUGUCUGAUUGUGCCGCGCAAGGAAGUCCCUCUGAGGGUAUACACGGACGCGAGCGACUUUGGUACAGGUUUACUGAUCGCUCAAGAGGACGCCAACGUUACACCAAUCAAUCAUCAUAUAUAUUAA